UUUGAGAUUGUCUCUACCUCUCUCAACUGGGUGUUUUUUAUUUCCUUUGCCAUUUUUCUCUUCAUUUUCCCUUUGGAAGUCUCUGUUAAAUUUCCCAUAACCUCGUAGCGUCGACAAUGGUUUGCGAGAAAGAUCCCUUGGUACAAAAAAUCACCGACUUAUAUGACCAAAUCUCAACCCUCGACAGUCUCAAACCCUCCAAAGAUGUCAACAUGCUCUUCACCCAACUCGUCCUCACAUGCAUGCCACCCACCCAUAUCGAUGUCACCAAGCUUUGCAAAAAGGUUCAACAGAUGAGGUCCAAAUUGAUUCGACUAUGUGGUGAAGCCGAGGGACUAUUAGAAACCCAUUUCUCCACCAUCUUAGCAUCCUAUGAUAACCCACUUCACCAUCUCAAUAUUUUCCCUUACUACACAAACUACCUUAAACUCAGCCAACUCGAAUUCAAUAUCCUCACCAAACACUGCUCAAAUGUGCCUAACAAAGUUGCCUUCGUCGGCUCUGGUCCCCUUCCGCUCACUUCGAUCGUGUUAGCUUCUUUCCACCUUAAAACCACCUCGUUCCACAACUACGAUAUCGACCCUUCGGCUAAGUCGAAAGCUCUUCGAUUAGUCUCGUCGGAUCCCGAUUUGUCUCGACGGAUGUUCUUUCAUACCACAGACAUAAUGGAUGUCACGAAUGGUUUGAAAGAGUACGAUGUCGUUUUCUUAGCAGCUCUUGUUGGGAUGGACAAAGACGAAAAAGUCCGAGUCGUUGAACAUUUGGCUAAGUACAUGAACCCUGGGGCUGUUUUGAUGUUGAGAAGUGCUCAUGGAGCUAGGGGUUUCCUUUAUCCCGUUGUUGAUCCUUGUGACUUACGAGGAUUCCAAGUCCUCUCUAUAUUCCAUCCUACUGAUGAAGUCAUUAACUCCGUGAUCAUUGCACGUAAAUUCCCAAUGCCUAAACACUGCUCUGCUGAGCAUCCUGUUGGGCCCAUGAAACUUCCCAACAAGUGUUUCGACAUUGACAUGCUUAAUCCCCUCUUAAACCAUGUGAACCUGAUGGAAGAACUUGAUAUUGAGGACCAACUCUCGUGAAGCCUUCAAUGUACCCUUUGCUGUGUUUUUGCUGCUUGUCUAACACGUUAUUUAUUACAAACAUGUAUCUUUUAUGUUUGUAUCUUUUCGUUGACGGGUGGAAUGAUGAGAGAUUUGAUAUAUUAAUAUUUUUAGUUAAUAUUAAUCUCGAUUUCAAUCAUUGAACAA